UGAACGUCAAAACCGCACUCUAACCGUUUAGGCUGUGAUCCCGUUUUUCUUCUUCACAAUUCCAUUUUUAGAUUCUUGAGAGAGAAAGAGUCGAUCUUCUUCAUCGCAACCAAAAAUCUAGGGUUCCGGUUCUUCCAUCGGUUAGCUGCUCGUCGUCACUCAUUCAAUCAUUAGAGAAUGAAUGCAAGGUCGUCUUCAUUGAAUCCGUAUGCUACUUCAUACAUCCCACUCUCUAGAAGAGGGACACCUGAAGCAAGCAAAGGCUAUGAUCAUGGGAGUACUACUGAAUACCUGCCUGAGACAGCUGAUAACUUGAAACUUAAGAAUCAUUCUGGUUUUGAUUCUUAUGGUUCAUCAUCACACAGCUCAGAGCUAGCUGGAAAACAGGCCCUGGAUGUUGAUCACGACAUGAAUUUGGCUUAUCUUCAGAUGGUUUUCGCUGGUGUUUCCGAUGAGUCUCUUUCCAGUGUCUACACAGCUUGCGGUGGUGAUAUGGAAGCCACAGUUGAAAUGCUGACUCAACUUGAGCUGCACAGUGGAGAUUUCACAGAGAAUCUUCCGGAUUCUCUAGACAUCGGUGAUGUGUCAGAAGCUGGAUCAUCUAGUGAGGGCGGAACGCAAAAACUAAAGAAGGUGGCUGUUGGUGAAGGCAGUGGGUGGAGCCACACACAAUCUUCCAAGUAAAAACCCUGCAAAUGCUUUGCUUUUAUUUGGGCUUUCACCGUUGUGUGUAUAUUUCUUGUGAAUUUUGGGGGAACUCUCAGUUGUACAAGUAGAGAGCAUAUAGAGUUGUCUGUAUAGAUUGGGAGGCAAGUGGCUGCUUGCUUAGUUGCUUGUGUUGAAAAUUGUUUUUUUUUUUUGGCAUUCUGAUGGUAGGUUAACGAUAAACUCGUUAAACUACCAUUCAUAUCGAAGCUGGUUUCAAUACCCAUGUUUGUGCCUUGUUUUGGGGUUUGCAAAUUGUAAAAACAUGAUGUUUGUGCCAAAAGGAGAAGUGAGCUGAAAAACAAUCAUGUUAGGUUUA